GCUCUCCAGCACCAAGUUUCCUACGCACAGUCCCACGAUGGCGAAUCGAGGAUACGAUGUGGUCGUUGACGUUGAUGCAGAGGGCGACCUAGGCCAUACCGACCUGCAAGAGGACCCUCUUGAGUUCCACUCCUCCAACUUCGACGAUACCUCCUCCAACCGUCACAAGAUCGCGCCGGACGGCAACUCCAGCUUCCUGCCUGGAGGCCCAUCGUCACGCAACACCGGCAAGCGCUUCCUGUGGAGCAUCUCCUUCUACCAACAGUUCUUCGACGUCGACACAAAUGAAGUCCUGAAGCGCUGCUAUACGGCGGUAUUCCCGCGCGCAAACUUCCUCGAUGUGCUCGAGGGGAAUCCGGAUCUGUAUGGUCCGUUCUGGAUCGCGACGACGGUGGUGGUCAUCUUGUUCCUCUCCGGCACGAUCAACAAGUACAUGGCGCACGAUGACAAGGUGCAUUUCAAUUAUGAUUUCAAACUGCUGAGUGGUGCUGCCGGGCUGAUAUACGGAUACACGAGUGUGAUACCUGUUGCGCUGUUCGGGACGCUGAAGUGGUUUGGUAGCGAGUCGGCGAACUUGAUGGAGUGUUGGGCUCUCUAUGGAUAUGCGAACAUCAUCUGGAUACCCGUCGCGUUCAUCUCGUGGUCGCACAUCGACAUCCUCAACUUCGUCUUCGUCGGCGUCGGCUUUGCCGUCUCCGCACUCUUCCUCUUCCGCAACCUCUACCCGAUGCUCAGCGCAACGGACAUGCGGACAUCGAAGAUACUGCUGAUCGUCGUGAUUGCCCUGCAUGCCGGUCUUGCCAUUGCCAUCAAGAUCCUGUUCUUCGCACAUAAAAGUCCAGCGGUCAAACACCAUGAUCACGACGAUGAUGACGACGAUGAUGAUGACGACAAGGUGAAGCUGAUCAAGAUGCUUUUGAAGAUGUUAUAGAACCUUUUUUUUUGAGCGGUCCUCGUGCUUUGCUUCAUCGCAGCUGCUUUGUAGUCUAGCAGUAUACUCCCUGUACUAUAGUCGUUGACGUUGACGUCGUGCUUGUAAACACUAUGCCAAUAAAUCUUCAGACGACCCGCCGUGCCAAAGUGGUGGUGGUUGGUAGUGGUGGUGAACGACGACUCUGACAACAACCAUUGGCCUCACGGGCCCCCUCUUAACAG